AUGAAGGUGGAGGGCGGUUACUUUGACAUCUUCGAUGAGAAGAGUGUUGGAAAAUUUGUCCUCACAGUCGCCGAAGCAAGAAGAUCCAUAGCAGACAAGAAAGCCAAAGUCGUGGAAAAGGCCUCUGUGAUCAAGGAGCAAGAGGUCAUCAUUGCCCAACCCUCCCCCAACCCCCCAAAAAGAGCCCGCGAUCAAUGA